GGCACUCCUGCACUCUGUCCUCUGGACGCUGCCGUGAGACUCGGGACAGCGCUAGAGGGGGGCGGGGCCCUUUGUGGGCGUGGCCUGCCGCUCGUCUUCCCCCCGCACGUGGCGGACUGUUAAAAAGCCUGCAGCGAUGAGCGCACCGUGUUUGUGACAGCAGCAGCCCCUCGGCGAAAGUAGUAGGGACUGGAGUGGACAGGACAGGACAGGACACGGACAUGGACAUGGACAUGGACGCGUCCAAUGGCACCGCGGACCCCCGCUGUUCUCCAGAACCGCCUCUGGCCGCCGACAUCAUCGCGCAAUUCGACACCCUGUGGACCAUCCUGUACUCUGGACUGACCCUCAUGGCGUUCCUCAGCCUGCUGAUCUACGUGGAGGAAUGUGUGUACUUCUACUGGAAAGUUCCACACCCCAAGAAGACUUCUUACGUGUGGGUGAACGGGGCCGCACCGGUCAUUGCUGUCAUGUCCUGCCUGGCGUUGUGGAUCCCGAGAGCCACCAUGUUCACAGACGUGAUCUCUGGCUCGUUCUUUGCCAUCGUGGUGUACCACUUCCAGGUGAUGAUGAUCGAGGAAUGCGGAGGGGACGAUGCUUUUCUCAGAAGAUUUGGGAAGAACCGUUUCCGGAUCAGCACCCCCCCCUGCUGCUGCUGCUGCCUCUGCCUCCCCAACGUGGGCAUCACACGGCGCACCCUCGUCCUGCUCAAGCUGGGCUCCUAUCAGUUUGCGCUACUGAAAACCGUCUUCAGCAUCCUGUCCAUCGUGCUGUGGACCAAUGGGAUUUAUGACCCCGAAGAUGUGUCUGUCACAGGAACUGUGCUCUGGCUCGGUUUGUUUGUGGGCGUGCUCACCAUCGUGGCGCUGUGGCCGGUGUCCAUUCUGUUCGGGUACCUGAAGGUUACUCUCAAGACGAAGAAGCUCGGAGUCAAGUAUGCCAUGUUCCAGAUGGUGCUCAUAUUAAGCCAGCUACAAACAGCCAUAAUCUACACCUUAGCCAUGAGAGGCGUCAUUGCCUGUUCCCCACCCUUCUCGUCUCGGGCCAGAGGAUUCAUUCUCAGUCAACAGCUACUGAUUCUGGAGAUGUUCAUCAUCACGCUGGUGAACAGGUUCCUGUAUCGCCAUGGCCACCAGGACAUCCCAGUCACCGAGGAGCACGCCGGAGAGCAGGCUGAUGAGCUUGUCAAAAGCAAGGUCUUCCUCCAACCAGAGAGCAAGGGUGACACAUGCGCAUGAGACUGCAGAAGAGUGUGUGUGUGUGUGUGUGUGUGUGUGUGUGUGUGUGUGUGUGUGUGUGUGUGUGAGUGUGUGAGAGAGAGACACACUGUGGAGGGCAGAGUGUGAGACACUGCAUUGCUGAGAAUAUGUAAAUGCACGAUAAUGGCCUUCUGCAUAAUAAAGGAAUUAAAGGGAAAAAUGUUUGUCGGAUUAUCGGUGUAGCGCAUUAAGGUCAUAAUAAAACCUUCAAGUGCUGUUUGAA